AUGUCCGAAAUGAGAUCCGUGGCCUACUUUGUGAAUUGGGCAAUCUACGGCCGCAACUAUAACCCACAAGAUUUGCCUGCGACGAAGUUGACACAUAUCCUCUAUUCAUUUGCUAAUGUUCGACCAGAAAGUGGAGAAGUAUACUUGACCGACACUUGGUCCGACAUCGAGAAGCAUUACGAAACAGACUCCUGGAAUGACGUUGGAACCAAUGUGUAUGGAUGUGCCAAGCAACUUUUCCUGCUCAAGAAGCAAAACCGCAAGCUGAAGGUCUUACUCUCGAUUGGUGGCUGGACAUAUUCGGCCAAUUUCCCGCAGCCUGCGAGCACAGAAGAGGGCCGUACCGAGUUUGCCGAAUCAGCGACACGUCUAGUUCUUGAUCUAGGAUUCGAUGGUCUUGAUAUUGAUUGGGAAUACCCCAAAGAUGAAACCGAGGCUGAUAACCUUGUUCUAUUGCUCCAAAAGUGCCGAGAGGUUCUUGACAGAGCGGCUGGUCCUGAUCGCCACUUCUACUUGACAAUCGCCUGUCCCGCCGGAUCAAGCAACUAUGAGAAGCUAAAGCUCCAAGACAUGACUCCGGUGCUGGACUUUUACAACCUCAUGGCCUAUGACUUUGCAGGAAGCUGGGAUAGCAAGGCAGGCCACCAGGCAAACAUUGUCCCCUCAAACUCCAAUCCUACAUCGACCCCAUUCUCGGCCGACGCUGCCCUGAAUCACUACAUCAACGUCGGGGGAGUACCGCCGUCAAAAAUCGUCAUGGGCAUGCCGCUAUAUGGGCGUACAUUCGAGCAAACUGACGGACCUGGUGCCCCAUUCUCGGGAGUCGGCCAGGGCAGUUGGGAAAACGGUGUCUGGGAUUACAAGGCACUACCAAGACCCGGAGCUGACGAGCAGUUCGAUGCGGAAACUGGCGCUUCCUGGUGCUAUGAUGGUGAAUCGCGCACGAUGGUCUCCUAUGACUCUCCCUACAUGGCGGAGGUUAAAGCAGAUUACAUCCGCCAGCGCGGCUUGGGUGGUGGUAUGUGGUGGGAAAGCAGCGGCGACAAGGGAGACAAGGAAGCCAACCCUGCGGAUGGCAGUUUGAUCGGAAUCUUUGUCGACCGUGUUGGCGGCGAGGAGGCGCUAGAUCAGUCAGAGAAUGCCCUCCAUUACCCGGAGAGCAAGUAUGACAAUGUCCAAUCUUGUUUCCCAGACGAGUAG